ACGCUCGAGGGCUUGCCCGAGAGCAUAACAUCCUCCACAAACACGCACGGGUGAGCAAGGAAUUGCAGCAUUCUCCCGGCAUCGGUGCACAGUCCAGUUGGCCCGUGCUCGCAACAGCAGCCACGAUGAGGGUGAUCUGCGAUCCCUCUCCCCUGUUCCGCCCAGAGGAGGUCCACGCUGAGCAACGGGCCAAGCAGAAAGACGACUUUCGCAACUACGAGGACAAUGUGCAGACUCACAACGUGAGCAGAACGUACACGGAGAUGCACACCAAACAGACCAUGGAAUUUGGCAAGGAGAUGCGUGCGAAGUGGUGCAGUUUCAACCAUGCCAAGAUGAGCAUCACGAGUAUUAUCAGUGAGCUGGACAACCUGGUUGACGAAAGUGAUCCCGAUAUCGACUUGCCGAACUCCGUUCAUGCCUUCCAGACGGCGGAGAGGAUCCGCGAGGCACAUCCGGACAAGCCCUGGUUUCAUCUGGUUGGCUUGAUCCACGACAUCGGCAAGGUGAUGGCCCUGUGGAGAGAGCCGCAGUGGUACGUAGUCGGUGACACGUUUCCGGUUGGCUGCCGCUUCUCGCAGCGCUGCGUCUUCCCGGAGACGUUUGCCGAGAACCCGGGCAGCACGCAUGAAGUGUAUAGUACAAAGCUGGGCGUGUACGAGCAGAACUGUGGCCUGGACAAGGUGACGAUGUCCUGGGGCCAUGACGAGUAUCUGUACCAGUGCCUGAAGCACAGUGGUACGACAAUCCCGGACGAGGGUCUGUACAUGAUUCGCUUCCACAGCUUCUACCCGUGGCACUCGGGCGAUGACUACGACUACUUGUGCAACGAUUAUGACCGCGAUAUGCUGCCAUGGGUGCGCGAGUUCAACAAAUUCGAUCUCUACUCUAAGUCUGACAGUCUCCCGGACAAGACAGCGCUAACUUCAUACUACCAGUCGUUGGUUGAGAAGUAUAUUGGUUCUGACGACCUGUGCUAGUGAGAUCUACGAUUUUCUCAAUCGAGCGAUGACGACUUCUUCUUAUGCAACGAUCAUGACCACGAUAUGCUGGCGUGGGUGCGUGAGUUCAACAAAUUGGAUCUCUACUCUAAGUCUGACAGUCACCCGGACAAGACAGCGCUAACUUCAUACUACCAGUCGUUGGUUGAGAAGUAUAUUGGUACUGACGACCUGUGCUGGUGAGAUCUACGAUUUUCUCAAUCGAGCGAUGACGACUUCUUCUUAUGCAACGAUCAUGACCACGAUAUGCUGUCGUGGUUGCGCGAGUUCAACAAAUUCGAUCUCUACUCUAAGUCUGACAGUCUCCCGGACAAGACAGCGCUAACUUCAUACUACCAGUCGUUGGUUGAGAAGUAUAUUGGUUCUGACGACCUGUGCUGGUGAGAUCUACGAUUUUCUCAAUCGAGCGAUGACGACUUCUUCUGUUGCAACGAUCAUGACCACGAUAUGCUGCCGUGGGUGCGCGAGUUCAACAAAUUCGAUCUCUACUCUAAGUCUGACAGUCUCCCGGACAAGACAGCGCUAACUUCAUACUACCAGUCGUUGGUUGAGAAGUAUAUUGGUUCUGACGACCUGUGCUAGUGAGAUCUACGAUUUUCUCAAUCGAGCGAUGACGACUUCUUCUUAUGCAACGAUCAUGACCACGAUAUGCUGGCGUGGGUGCGUGAGUUCAACAAAUUGGAUCUCUACUCUAAGUCUGACAGUCACCCGGACAAGACAGCGCUAACUUCAUACUACCAGUCGUUGGUUGAGAAGUAUAUUGGUACUGACGACCUGUGCUGGUGAGAUCUACGAUUUUCUCAAUCGAGCGAUGACGACUUCUUCUUAUGCAACGAUCAUGACCACGAUAUGCUGUCGUGGGUGCGCGAGUUCAACAAAUUCGAUCUCUACUCUAAGUCUGACAGUCUCCCGGACAAGACAGCGCUAACUUCAUACUACCAGUCGUUGGUUGAGAAGUAUAUUGGUUCUGACGACCUGUGCUGGUGAGAUCUACGAUUUUCUCAAUCGAGCGAUGACGACUUCUUCUGUUGCAACGAUCAUGACCACGAUAUGCUGCCGUGGGUGCGCGAGUUCAACAAAUUCGAUCUCUACUCUAAGUCUGACAGUCUCCCGGACAAGACAGCGCUAACUUCAUACUACCAGUCGUUGGUUGAGAAGUAUAUUAUUGGUUCUGACGACCUGUGCUAGUGAGAUCUACGAUUUUCUCAAUCGAGCGAUGACGACGUCUUCUUAUGCAACGAUCAUGACCACGAUAUGCUGCCGUGGGUGCGCGAGUUCAACAAAUUUGAUCUCUACUCUAAGUCUGACAGUCUCCUGGACAAGACAGCGCUAACUUCAUACUACCAGUCGUUGGUUGAGAAAUACAUUGGUUCCGACGACCUGUGCUGGUGAGAUGUACGAUUUUCUCACAUGAGAUAAGAACAACUCGCUGACUAACUUCCGUGGCUGAUCGCGUAAUUGCCUGCCGUUGUACACAGUCCUGAACAGUUGUUUUCAAACCCUACCCGAUCUAUCAGGUGUCCGCACCGACUCCAUCGACCGUUCCAUACCCAAACCUGAGAGCUUUCACUCAAGCAAAACAAGACACAGUACGCUUAUUAUUCUCGUUCUCUAUCUGUGUGUGUACAUGUAUGUGUGUGCGUGUGUGUGCAUGCGCACGUGUGUGUGUAUGUGUGUGUGUGUGGUGCACGCGCCUGCUUGUGUGUAUAUGUGGCGACUGGCCUAUUAUCAUAUCAAAAUCAAAUUUCAUGUCCCGUAUUUUGGAUUUCUCAUGCCAACAGGUAGGCCAAGGAUUAUUUUGAAUUUCUUAUUUAAUCUGUCUCGUUGUAUCACCAGCUGAGUGCCAGUCUUGACAUAUCGGUCGCAUCUGCUACCAUUUUGUUUGAUGCGUUUAUCACACACCUGAUCUACCAGUGCUUAUCCCAAUCUGUCUUUUGCUACUCCGGUCGGGUUCGCUGACGGCGUGUGUUUCACAGAUCUGAUAGUGCUCCGCGCGCUAUGUUUAUUG